UGCUUCAUUAUCCGUUGAUGGCGUCUAUCACGAUAUGGUACCGCUGAAUCCACUCAAGGGUUGCGUUGGUACCUUCCGAUGGCAACAUAUCAAUUUACCUCUCAACAAAAAUGCUGAUAGCUCAUCAUCGAAUGGUAAUGGCGGUAGCAGUAGCGAUAGCCAAAGUGGUACAGAGUCGAUUAUCACAAUCAAGCAGUCAAAAGGUGUGGAGCUGGGCUGUCCACAGCGAAGGACAUGCGCUAAUGUUGGAUUUACGUAUUGUGGUGGCUCGUUUGUGCUUCUUGGUGUGGAUGGUGAAUUGGUUGGUUGUGGCGAAACCUUAGCAGUCAGCAGUCUCGGAAUCUCGAGCCCCGCUAUCAUUCUUAUCCUGAUAUGCUUGCUUUUGUUGAUCAUGUUGGUUCUUCUGAUGGUUGUGUACACCCGACGACAGACACCUCCGUUUGAGCCUGUACGUCCCGAGGAUCUCAAUCGCGACAACCUGAGGCCAUACGAUGUGGAAGGUGGCGGUGAAGCGGAUAACGAUCAGUACAACAUCACAAAUCUUCGUAAACCGGUGAUGCCAAUCGAGGAGAACGGUGUGAAUGGUUAUGCUCCACCUGUAUAUCCAUUACAGCGAGCACCAAUCGAUGAUAAGCUGAACAACAGAAUUAAGACCCUGGAAGCAGAUCCCGAUGCUACGGCGCCAUACGAUGAACUGAGAAUUUAUGAUGAUGAAGGCGAUAAUAUUUCAAGGCUAAUCGAGAAAUGGGGUCCGCGCUUCAAUAAUUUAGCAGACAUCUAUGGUAAACGAGCAACAUGAAG